GCAAUAAGGGAGAUGAUUCUUUUUCACAAUUACCUGAAAAUGGCGGAGAAAAGAAUGAAGGCUCUGCGGAUACAGAGCUCCACUUAACAAGCCGGACUCAUCUGGACCGAGCAGCGCCAUCCACCUACAGCAUGAUAACAGCAUCUACAAGAGCACAACCGAAAGCUGCACCCGCGCCGAAGAAAGGCUCCAAGAAGGCUGUUGCCAAGAGCCAGCCUAAGGGAGGAAAGAAGCGCAGAAAGAGCAGGAAGGAGAGCUACGCGAUCUACGUGUACAAAGUGCUGAAGCAGGUCCACCCCGACACCGGCAUCUCUUCCAAAGCGAUGGGCAUCAUGAACUCGUUCGUCAACGACAUUUUCGAGCGCAUCGCCGGCGAGUCGUCCCGCCUGGCUCACUACAACAAGCGCUCCACCAUCACUUCCCGGGAGAUCCAGACAGCCGUGCGCCUCCUGCUGCCCGGAGAGCUGGCCAAGCACGCCGUGUCUGAGGGCACCAAGGCCGUCACCAAGUACACCAGCUCCAAGUAAACCGAGCCCGUCCCUGCUCCGUCCUUCCAACAACACAAAGGCUCUUCUAAGAGCCACCCAAAACACCAAAGAGUUUAAUGUCUGUCAAUCGCAGCUGAAGU